GAAUGUGCAAACUCCACACAGACAGUCACCUGAGGGUGGAAUUGAACCCAGGUCCCUGGCACUAUGAGGCAGUAGUGCUAACCACUGAGCCACCAUGCCCUCUUACUGUUAAGAGUUUUCUAAAUUGUCUUCUAUGGAUAUAUACCUUUUCUACAGCUUUGUUUUGUUUUCCUUUGUGUAUUGAACUUGUAUUAUUUUGCUUGUGAAUGUGUUCAAUUAUGAACCACAAUGAUAAUAUCAUAACACUGAUGAGAAGAGUGCCCUGGAAAUUAAGUCCUGUGAUUUUAUGAGUUGUCGUAAAUUUGAAAAGGACCAAUUUAAUCAACAGGGUAAUUAAUUUGCCUUACUGGAACAAUAAUCUAAUAGAAAAGAAACUCACAUUAGAUUACAAUAACAUGCACAAAAAAAGUUUUUAUUAUGGAAAGUGUAUCCUUUAAUUAGUGGCAAAAUGGAUUAAAUGCAAACAAGUGUUGGCCACUUGGCUUUUCAAGCCUGCUCUGCUAUUCAAUAGGAGCUUGGCCGAACUGAUUUUAACCUCAGCUCUACAUUCGUGCAUACCCCGAAUAACCUUUCAUCCUCUUAGUAAUCAAGAAUAAUCUACCUCUGCCUUUAAAAUAUUUUAAAGUUCUGUACCCACUGCCUUUAGAGGAAGGGAAUUUCAAAGACUCAUGGUACUCCCUCAUGGCUGCUUUAAAUGGACGACCUCUUAUUUUAUAACUACUUCUACAUUCUCGUAAACGUCUCGUUAUUUGAUAAUUUGGUAGCUGGUCAGUUGGGCCUAGGUCUUUUGCUUGAGUCAGCAGUUUUUCUUUCGGAGUCUUUUGGUACUGGUUUUCAUCCAUUCAUAGCGGAUGGAUUAUUAAUUACUCAUACGCAAACUCUAACUGUACCUCUUUUAAAUCCAAACCUGGUUACACUUGUUCACAAAUAAGACAGACAUAUCUGGUAAAUAUUGGCAAUGAGGAACAAAUUCUGUGCAUCAACAGUCCACACUACAAGGGUGGAGUGAGGUAGUUUUCUUAUAAUUCUUUUGUGGUUAGAUCAUGUUUGUUUUCAACUGUAAUUAUCCUCAAUUCAGUGGCUGGGGAGUUGGACUUAGGUCUUUCGCUUGAGUGAAAUAUUUUUCUUUCGGAGUGUUUUGUCGCUGAUUUUCACAGCGCAAUAGAGAGAACAGUCUGGCUAGCUUGCAGACUUUUAGAGAUGUAAGUGUUACUGCUCCCUUCGCAGUUUUGUAACAAAAUUGCCACUUAAAUCUAACAGGGGAAGUUGUUCAUUCAACCCAAAAGCUCUGGUGUCAGCUUGUCACACAAAAGUAUCAAUUCCAGCUUCUCAAAGUUACACACUCUUUGGUAACCAAUGAAUGAUCACCACAAUUUUGCUUCAAAUUGUAAAAUUAAAACAGCAGUCCGAACUUCCAUCCUUCAGUUUAUAUCUUCAAAAUAAAAGCAUAAGAACUAACCACAAAAAUAACAUUGUUCACAAAUAAGACAAACUGAUUUGCAAAAAUAUUAUGGUAAAUAUUGGCGAUGAGGAACAAAUUCUGUGCAUUAACAGUCCACACCAUAAGGGUGGAGUAGGGUAGCUUCCUCACAGUUGUUUUGUGGUUUUUACUGAAUGAUCUCUUACAUCAGGUGUCAUUCUGAGAACUGACUUAUCUAGAAUUCAGCUGGGAUCAUUACAAUUGGUGGUGGAAUAGGGCUUCUGAGCCCGGGGCAUGUCUGCUGCAUCCGCAUUUCUUUUUGUUUUUUUUAUCUCUUCUCUCGUUGUUUUACUCUAUUUUGUUUUACUUAUUUCUUGGUGAAGAGCUCGGUUGUAACGACGACAUUGCAAGUGGACCCAGCAGUGCAAACUCGAGUGGGCCCAGCAAUAUGGACAUGAGUAGGCCCAGCAGCACAGACUCGAAAAGGCCCAACAGCGUGGACUCAAGUUGGCCCAACAGCGCGUACUUGAGUAAGCCCAGCAGAGUGGACUCGAAUAGGCCCAACAGCGUGGAAUGGAAUAGGCCCAGCAGCGCAAACUCAUGUAGGCCCAACAACGCAGACUCGAGUAGGCCCAACAAUGCAGACUUGAAUAGGCACAGCAGAGUGGAUUCAAGUUGGCUCAACAGCGCGGAAUAGGUGCAGCAGCGCAAACUCAUGUAGGCCCAGCAACGCAGACUCAAGUAGGCCCAACAACGCAGACUUGAAUAGGCCCAGCAGAGCGGACUCGUGGCUGUGGCAUCAGAGGUGAGUUUUGGUUCCUGGCGGCAUCUGUGUCCAGCGCAGAUUGAUGGAGACAAUGGUGGAGGCAAGUUUGGGCCCAGUAUGAGACCCAGUGGCAUCAGCAGCGGCUGCAUCGGCAAGGUGGGUUGAAGCAGACUCAUGGCGGCAGUGGAGUCAAGUUUGGGCUGGUUCAGUACCUUGCAUUGGUGAGGUCCAGCGAAGACACAUAGUGGUGAUGGCACCAAAGUGUGGUGACUUUCGUUCCAGCAGUAGCGGCGCGGUGAAGGGAACUCAUGCCUGGCCACCAGGCCCAUGGCCCAUGAUGGAGCACUUAACAAGAAGGACUGUAAAGCUUGACACUUCCUUUAUUUCUUCAUUUUGCUGCCUUUGUAUUUUGUUUUGGUUUAUCUUUCUGUGUUUUAAGAUGGUGCCGAAGAAUGGCAACCCUACACAACACUUUUCACUGUAUUUUGGAACAAGAUACAUGUGACAAUAAAUAAAUCAAAUCAAAUCAAUUUCCACAUAGAGAAGACUGAGAGAGACUCUGUCAGAGGCAUGCAAAUCAUUCUGAGUGGAAGUCAGACAGGAACUAAAAACCAUGAAGAUGCUGAUCAUUUUCCUUAUCGUAGGAUCGAUCAGAAGAGCAAAUAAAAACAGUUUUUAAAAAACAUUAAGACAUAUCAACGAAUUUUGCGGUCCCAAUGAGCUGGAGUUGGUCAUUGAUGUCAAAGUUCAGGGUUGACACAGUCAGAGAUGUUAAGAGAACAAUGGAAAAUGAAGAAAUUGUCCAGGCAGGUAGCCUAAGAAGCAGAGAGGUUGUUUAACUAUAUGUAAAAAGAAAGAAGAAUCUGUGAAGAUUCAGCAACUGGAAUAAAAUGGGGUAAAAUGUGAGGCUGUUAAAAAGAAAGAAACAUGGAAUAUUGUUUAAACUGCGAGGCUAUAGAAUGAGGUGGUAUGGAGACAGUCCUUGUACCUAACCAUGAUAAGUUAACAUGCAGAUACAGAUUAAGUAAAAAGGUAAAGUUGCUAUAAUCGUAGCUAGUAUGAAGACCCUUAUGGCAAGAAGCAUUGAUUAUGAUAGGAGGGAAGUCUUGUUGCAACAGUACGGGGCUUGGUGAGACCUCAUUUAAAGUCAUGCAUGCAGUAUGGUCCUCUUAACGAAAGAUACACUCAUCCCCAGGGCACUAUAUACCGGAGGGGUUUCACUCUGUGCCUAACCCAGAACUGAACAGAGACAGGAUUGUUUUCACAAGGUAGGGGUUAAUUAUUCAGGCACACGCCGGUGACAGGAAUCUUUCUCACACAUUAGAAACUUGAUCUCUGUCAAAGAUUUGCAAUUUCCUCUUGUUAGUGUGUACUUGGAAAGUUAUCAUCCUACACAUGAGCAGGGAGCAUGGGUGUGCUGAAUGUAGAAAUGUAUUCUGUUGUUCAAUAUAUUUCUUGCACAUGUCAUUCAUCCUGAUAAACACUGGGACUGUAUAUGAAUGUCAAUUAGUUGUAAGUUUUUCCUUUCAGGAUAAGCUUGAAAAGUCACUGAGUUUCCUGCAGCAACAAAUGGAAGAGGUCUUUCGGAGUCAGAAUGAAGAAGAAACUAACAUGAUCCAGCUCAAGAAAAUGGCGGAGAGCCUGGAGCAGAACAUUGCGGCUGAGUUCACCACAUUGCACCAAUUCCUCAAUGACGAAGAGGAACUGAUGAAAGGGAAGCUGAAGGAGGAUGUGGAGAGACUGUCCAGGCUACUCAGGGAGAACCUGCAAAGAAUUACUGAGAAGCGGGCAUCCAUUGAAUGCACCAUCCUCGAAAUCCAGCAAAGGCUCAAUGUCCAGGAGACAGCCUUCCUCACGGAUGUUAAAUCUCUCAUCGAAAGGUCCUAUGUGAAGUUUAAGAAACCGGCCGAGGUGCCUCUUAACCUGCUCCUUGGCGAAUUUGGCGGACCCCUACAGCUCAUCGUGUGGAGACGGAUGUUAAGUGUCAUCACUCCAGUGCCGGCCGCCCUGACCCUGGAGCCGAACACGGCCCACCCCGAGCUGCUGAUCUCCGAGGACCUGAGGAGCGUGAGGCUGAGCGACACCUGGCAGGAGCUGCCCGACAACCCGGAGCGUUUCGAUGACUGUGUGAGCGUGCUGUCCGCCCACGGCUUCGAGUCCGGCCGCCACUACUGGCAGGUCGAGGUGGGCAACAAGACCAUGUGGGACGUGGGCCUGGCCAAGGAGUCGGUCAACCGGAAGGGCAACAUCAUCCUGUCCCCGGAGGACGGCUUCUGGACCAUCUGGCUGCGGAACGGCAACGAAUACGAGGCGCUGUCCACGCCGUCUUCCUUCCUGUCGCUCCGGGCCAAGCCCAAGACCAUAGGGGUCUUCCUAGACUACGAGAAGGGCCAGGUCUCCUUCUACAAUGCCGAAGACAUGUCUGUCAUCUACACCUUCACCGACACGUUCAACGAGAAACUCUUCCCGUAUUUCAGCCCCGGAGAGAGCGACGGGGGCAAAAAUGCUGAGCCCCUCACCCUCUGUGUGCUCCGGUUAUAGGACUGCCCGGCUGAAGGGAUGGG